GUGCCCAAAUGAAUUUACUGGUGAUCGCUGCCAAAACUACGUAAUGGCCAGCUUCUACAAGCAUCUUGGGAUUGAAUUUAUGGAAGCUGAGGAACUGUACCAGAAACGGAUGCUGACCAUAACUGGCAUUUGCAUUGCUCUUCUAGUAGUUGGCAUCAUGUGUGUGGUGGCCUACUGCAAAACCAAGAAGCAGAGGAAAAAGUUGCAUGACCAUUUUCAGCAGAGCCUCUACUCAGAAAGGAGCAACAUGGUAAACAUGGCCAAUGGGCCAUACCACCCCAACCCACCACCAGAGACCAUCCAACUGGUGAAUCAGUACAUUUCAAAAAAUGUAAUCUGCAGCGAGCACGCCACUGAACGAGAAAUAGAGACUUUGUUUUCCACAAGCCAUUACAUGUCAACAACACAUCACUCUACAACGGUCACCCCGACACCCAGACACAGUUGGAGUAAUGGCCACCCUGAAAGCAUUAUCUCUGAAAGCCAUUCUGUGCUUGUGAGCUCAUCUGUGGAAAACAGCAGGCACAUAAGCCCAACAGGACCCAGGGAACGCCUCAGUGGCCUUGGAGGUCCAUGGGACUGCAACAGUUUCCUCAGGCAUGCAAGAGAGACUCCCAACACCUACCGAGACUCCCCUCACAGUGAAAGGUAUGUCUCAGCUAUGACCACACCAGAUCGCAUGUUACUUGUAGAUUUUCACACUCCGACUUCUCCAAAGUCUUCCUCUUCCAAAACAUGUACACCAGUUUCCAGCUUAACCAUGUCUGUCCCUUCUGUGGCUGUGAGUCCCUUCAUGGAACAGGAAAAACCACUGUUUCUGGUGCCCCCACUGCGACCACAGGAGAAGUAUGAACACCCCCUUCAGCAACUCAGCUCCUUCCACCACAGUCCUGCCCAUGAGAGCAACGUUCUGCCAUCUAGUCCAUUGAGGAUAGUAGAGGAUGAGGAAUAUGAGACAACACAAGAGUAUGAGCCAGCACAGGAGCCUCCAAAGAAACUCACCAACAACUGGAGGGUAAAAAGAACAAAGCCCAAUGGCCAUAUUUCCAGCAGAGUGGAAACGGACUCUGACACAAGCUCUGAGAGCAGUAGCUCUGAGGGUGAAAUCAAAGAUGAAAGAAUAGGUGAAGAUACACCUUUCAUGAGUAUACAGAACCCCAUGGCAACCAAUCUAGAGCCAGCCACUGCAUACCAGCUGGCUGAGAGGACUAACCCAGCAAAUCACUUCUCCACACAGGAAGAAUUGCAAGCAAGGUUGUCCAGUGUAAUAGCUAACCAAGACCCUAUCACUGUAUAA